AUGUUUUUAGCAUUUCCUUUAUUAUGUUUUCACACGUUGUGGACUUUUGUAGUCCGUGAUUGUCACAUCGAGUUGCUUAAUACUCAAUUGAAUGAAAACUUUUUCUUACAGAUUUUGAUCAUUGGCAUUCUACCGGUUGUGGCCAUUACUGGUGUUUUCUUGAAUUUUUUGAGUAUCACCGUGUUCUCAUUACAACGUAACACGGCCGCUAGAUAUUUAACGGCUUUAAGUUGUAGCGAUGUUGGUGUUUGUGUGGCUGGUGUGGUGGUGAUUUUUGCCGAUUCACUCAGGGCACGUUCUCACGUUGUCGAUCAACUAUUUGUUUUUCUUUUACCAAAACUUAUUCCGCUCGGAUUGUUUUUUCAGAUGCUAUCUGUCUACAUUACAGUAUUGGCCGCUUUUGACUGCUUCGUAUCUGUAAUGCGCGGAGCAGCAGCUCAUAGCUCACGGUCGAAAUGGGCGCCACGAGUAUUGGCCAUUGUUGUCAUCACAGUCGCCGGGUACAAUGUCGUUCAGUUCGCCGACCUGGAGGCUGUAGAAUGCCUGCAUCCGGACAACUACACUUUAUACGAGCUUUGCCCGACAAAGCUUCGAAUAAGCGAACCGUAUGUGGUCGUCUACAAAGGAUACAUGUAUGCGCUAAGUAUGGCUUUCAUUCCAUUCAUAAUUCUCAGUGCUCUAACGAUUGGUAUUCUUUAUAUGCUUCGGAAAAGAGGACAAAAAGCUGCAAAAGUUGUAUGUGAGUUCUAUGUGGGUUCACCGCUUGUACUUCUGUUGGUGGUCGUAUUGUUUCUAGCCUGCAAUGUCACUUCAUUACUGGUUAACAUCUUUGAAAUGCUGAAAAUACAUCUGGGAGAUGCGGCGAAUGCGAUUCUAAUCGAUGUCGGCAAUUUUCUUGUAGUCGUGAAUGCGACGGCGAAUUUUUUUGUCUACUGGGGUUCGUCACAAGAUUAUCAGUCAGCUGUACGUAGGCUGAUUCGGAAAUACACAACAAAAAGAAAGACUGUUGAAUUGGUGAACGCAUCUCAAGAAACCAACGCCGAAUUCGUCUGA